AUGGGGAAGAAGACGAAAAGAGAUGAAAAACAGUACUGGCUGCUAAAAACUGAGCCAGGGGAAUGGUCAUGGAACGACCAAGCAUCCAACGGAGGUCUCUCCAAAUGGGACGGCGUCAAGAACCACCAAGCUCUCAAAAAUCUCAAAUCCGCACGGCUCCACGAUCUCUGCUUCUUCUACCAUUCCGGCACAAAAUCCCGCUGUAUAGUAGGGGUUGUCACCGUUGUCCGUGAAUGGUACGAAGACGACGACGCUGGUUGUGGCGCUGUAGACGUGAAGGCGGUGGGGGAGAUGAGGAACCCGGUGGAUCUGAAGGAGAUGAAGGGAGAACUGAAGAACAGUAAAGAAUUUGGGUUGUUUAGGCAGCCUAGAUUAUCCGUCGUUCCUGUGCCGGUGGAUGUUUGGGAGAAGAUUUGCGAAUUGGGUAAUGGGUAUGAAGGUGAUGGUGUUAUUGUAUCUGAUCAUGACGAAGUUGAUGAACAAGUUUAG